CUUUUUACUGCUUGAAGCAUUUACGCGUUUGACUUCGGUCUGUCACUCUUUUUAUACCCCCAACUACCACCACUCUCUUUUUAAUUCAAACCCCCACCUUAAACCUACCUUGACGGUUUUAUUUUUUUGCAACCCGCAAAUCAAACACAAAAAUCACAUUCAAAAUGCGUUUCACUGCCGCCACUGUUGCCCUCUUCGCCGGCCUUGCCGCUGCCCUCCCCAACGGAGACGUCGAGACCGUCUACCAGACCGAGGAUGUGACCAUCACCUCGUGCGGUCCUACCGUCACCGACUGCCCCGGUAACCAGACCCCCACCUCCACCCCCGAGGGUGCUGGCGCCGUCACCCCCAGCAACCCUCCCCCGGUGGCCGUCACCUCCUCCGAGGCCUCCGAGGUUGCCAGCAGCACCGGCGUCCCCAGCAACAGCGAGGCCGUGCCCCCGGUUGCCCCCACCAGCGCUCCCGCUCCCCCCAGCGCCCCGGCUCCUUCCCUGUCCACCUCGUGGCAGAAGUUCACCACCUGCGUGCCCCAGGUCAGCUCCAAGCCGGUUGUCGUUACCGUCUCUGCUCCCGCUCCCACCAAGCCCGCUGGCAACAAGCCCUCCGUCCCCGUCGUCCCCACCGGCGUUGCUUCUUCCUCUGCUGCGGGUGCUAUCCCCAGCGGUGGCGUGACUCCCUCCACCUCCGCCCCUGGCUCCCUCUUCACCGGCGCUGCCAACACCGUCAGCGGCUCUUUCGGCCUUGCUGGCGCCGCCGCCGCCGCCGCCUUCUUCCUGGCUUAGAUUCCCUUCGUGUCUAUAGUGUAACCCCGGGAUCCCUCUCAGUUUGAGUCUGGGCCUUGAACCUCGCUAUAUACCCCGGCGGGGAGAACUUGUCCAGGACCAAGUGAAUGUGGAGUUGUGUUUAUAGGGAGAGAUGUGGAUAGGAGAGCGGACGAGGGGGGUAUGUUAUUUAGCUUUCGUUUUUUUGUGUUGUUGUGAACCUUGUGGUUUGGAGGAAAGUAUAAUCCGAUUCUUUGCCUGAUAUCUUUUUUUUAUAUCUCUUACUUUUUAUUUUUCUGCCUUUCUUGAUCUUUGGAAAUGUCCUAUUCGGACUGCUUCGGAGGAGUUUGUGUGAAGCAUGCUCGAGCAAGCCUGGCUGGUUGGAUACGAUUUAAUGUAAACCAUGAACGCUUUCACAAUCUUCCUGUAGGGGCAAUUUCCAAUUAUCUUUUUAUUCUCUUUCUAACAUAUACCUUUUAUUUGUAUGAUUUUAUUCGGUCUGUAUAAUUAAUUCUAUGUUAUCGAAUUGAUGAGGUAGUUCUCAUUAUUAUCUA